AUGCAGCGGCUGAUGUUUUCCAAAGGCAAGAGCUGUGAAGGUCAGCAUGAAGUGGACGGGCAGGUGGUCAGAGUGGACAAGGCUGUGCAGACGGAUCUGGACACAGACAAGCCGGACAAAGGCACAACGUCCCCUCAGAAGCCACUCUGUGCUGCUGCUCCUCCACCUCCACCCCCGCCACCUCCUCUACCCCCUGGCAUGACCGGACCCCUGCUCCAACCUUCUAACCAAUGUCCGCCACCUCCUCCACCACCACCGCUACCUGGAGGGCUUGGCGGACCUCCACCGCCACCUCCUCCUCCUCCCUUACCAGGCAUGCCCCCUCCGCCACCACUACCCUGCGGUCCAGGCAUACCGCCUCCACCUCCUCCGCCAUUCCUACCAGGGAUGGGCGGCGGACCCCCACCACCACCUCCCUUACCCGGCAUGCCACCUCCACCUCCUCUUGUCCCGGGCAUGAUAAUAGCUCAGAGUAGCUACUCCCUGGGGUGCAGCGCACCCAAAAAGGGAAACCGAUGUCCCACCCUGAGGAUGAAAAAGCUCAACUGGCAGAAACUCCGUGCUGUUACUGAUGGUCACUCCAUGUGGGCCUCGGUUCAGAAAGAGCCGCCUCCUCGGGAGCCGGACUACAGCAGUAUUGAGCAGCUGUUCUGUCUCCCGGUGACCGAGCACAAAGACAAGGGGGCAGCUGCUCCUGUCAAGAAGGAGCCUAAAGAGAUUACAUUCAUUGAUCCAAAGAAAAACUUGAAUUUGAACAUAUUUCUAAAGCAGUUCAAAUGCAAAAAUGAAGACUUUGUAGCCAUGAUUCAGAACGGGGACCGGUCUAGGUUUGAUGUAGAGGUGCUAAAACAGCUUCUAAAGCUUCUACCAGAGAAGCACGAGAUUGAAAAUUUGAAGUCCUUCCAAGGAGAAAAAGACAAGUUGGCCAACGUUGACCGCUUCUACACCUCCCUCCUCACUGUGCCAUGUUACCAGUUGAGGAUUGAGUGCAUGUUGUUGUGCGAAGAGACUUCAUCAGUGCUGGACAUGCUCAAACCUAAAGUCAAGCUGGUGGAGGAGGCCUGCCAGUCUCUCAAAGUGAGCACACUCAUGCCCAAUUUCUGCAGGCUCAUCCUUAACGUUGGAAAUUUCCUCAACUAUGGAAGUCACACAGGGAACGCAGAGGGGUUCAAGAUCAGCUCUCUGCUCAAGCUCACAGAGACCAAGGCCAACAAGAGCCGCAUAACGCUUCUUCAUCACAUCUUGGAGGAAGCAGAGGCAAACCACCCGGAGCUGUUGGCGCUGCCAGACGAUAUCGAGAUCUGUCAAAAAGCAGCAGGAGUUAAUCUGGACUCUGUUCAGUCAGAAGCCAAUGCCUUACUGAAACGACUGAAUGAGACCGCCAAGAAGGUGUCCAACUCCGUGGAGGAGGUGAAGGAGCAAUACGCAAAAGUUCUAGAUGGAAGUCGAGAGGCAUGUCAAGCUUUAAGUGAAAGGUUCACUGAGAUCAAUAAGCAGAAGAGUGAGCUGGCUGUCUACUUAUGCGAGGAUGCGAACCAGCUGUCGCUUGAGGAACUCUUUGGAACCAUGAGGACUUUUCGAGAACUUUUCAUCAAGGCACUGAAGGAAAACAAAACCAGAAAAGAGCAGGCGGCCAAGGCUGAGAAGAGAAAGCAGCAGCUGGCAGAGGAAGAGUCCAAGAGACAGAAGGGAGAGAAUGGAAAAAUAAUUAGGAAAGGCGUCUUGCCGCCGAACGACGGCUGCAUCAUCGACCACCUCCUGGCAGAUAUCAGGAAAGGUUUCAGCCUAAGAAAGACCAGGCCAAGGUGCGAUUCGGAAAGCCUCCCUUCUAGUGAAAUGCGUAGCGAUACCUGCCCACCUGGAUCAAGUGUGAAGCCUGCCGACGAAGAAGCCGCAGAAAUAGCCACCAUUUCCGCUCCCACCAAAUCUCAGACAGAGGGUCACCAGGCCAGCACAGGCGAGGUGAACGGUUUCAUCAGCCCAUCAGAAGAGACUCCACCAGCGCCGCAGAGUGCCGCGCCAGACAGACCAGCUCCACCUCCCAACACACUCCUAGGGGAGCCAGCUGUGACGACACAGGCACCCCUGGAAAGACCUGUGUCGCUGCAGAAGGGUCAACACCCGGAGAACCCAUCCCUAGAUAUGACACGACCUCUGCCUCAGGUUGAAGGGAAACAGCAACCAUCUCUCACCACAAACGGCUUCUCAUUAGAUUCAACUGAGACCAGCGUCCUCAGUCCAUCCUCGCUCUCAGAUUCGGACCUUUUAGAUGCUGUGUUAGACAGCACUUCCAGCCUGGUACCUGAGAAGCUGAACCAUGAGCAACCAGCAGACAUUAGUGUGAAUGUUCAGAUCAAGGAGUGUCCUUUACCUAAGACGGACAUGAAUGUGACACAGAGUAGUGAAAGCAAUAUAAUGGGAGAUGGGAAAGGUAAAACUAGUAAUAAAAUAACCCAUUUAACAGAGACUGUAGGACGAGAGAAGGGCGGAGAAGAGCGAGAAUCCAUUAGUACAAAAACGCACACCCGAGAUGAGGUUGUGAGUCACAAGUAUUCGGACCCUAAAAGCAAUGUCACCGCUCUCAGUGAGGACAUUGAGGGGUGUGACGUCCCGGAUGGACAGGAACCAGAGGAUCUGCCAUCAGUAUCUGAAGCAAUGCCUCCAUCCCUAAAGCCUGAACCAAAGAAACAGCAGAGCCUCUUUAAACGAAACAAAAAGAAGAGUAACCAAGGUGACCGAAAAAGGAGAUCAAGAGGAAAAAGAAAAUCUUAACUUCACAGAGGUGUUCUGAACUGGAAGGACUACAGUGUAUUUUAUUUUGUGAGACUACAUGAAUAUUGACUCCUUCAGGAGGAUGCAGAAGUCUUCCUUUUGCAAUGAUUUGUUUUUCCAGACCAAGAAGAGGUAAAGCAUCUAAAAGGCUGGGACCUUCACAGCAUGGAUGUAAACAUGUCACUUUAUGUAAAUGAAUUGUAGUCUUUGUGUAUAUGAGUGCUUUUGAUUCAGAACUGUUCAAAAAAGUAGAGAAUAUGCUUUGUAUGUUUGUUUUUUUUUUGUAUAAUUGUUGUAAUAUGCAUUGGAUGUGUUUUAAGCUUUAUUUACCUUUCAGCACCUUUGGAAAGGAAGAUGCAGUGUUUGGUGCAAGAUAUUUAAUGUAACACAUCUAAUAUUGAA